GAAGUUCAAAGCCACAAUUCCUGUGUAACAUUCAACUCCGUUAGUUCACUUUCAUCUUUUUAAAAGAGUAAUAAUUUGGGGGGGGGGAUUCCUUUUCAUAGCCUCAAUGUCUGAAGAGGUUACUUACGCAGACCUCAAUUUUCAGGACUCCGGUAGAAAGAAAAGUAUCCAGGAGUUUGACACAGUUGGAAUCAAAGUUUACAUAACUUUGAAGAAAGAAAUGAGAAAAUUGAAUAAACUACAAAACAUCAAAGAAGAACUUCAGAGAAAUGUUUCUGUACAAUUGAUGCAUAGCAUGAAUAGUUCCCAGAUGAUCAAGAACCUAUCUCUCACGCUGCAAGAAAUAGCCACCAAAUUAUGUCAUGAGCUUUACCAAAGAGAACCAGAGCACAAAUGUAAACCUUGCCCAAAGAAGUGGAUAUGGCACGAGGACAACUGUUACCUAGUAACUAAGAAUUAUGUAACAUGGCAAAAGAAUGCCAUGUUCUGUUCUGCUCAAAAUGCCAGCCUAUUGAUGAUUAAGAACAAAAGUGUAUUGGAAUUUGUAAAAUCCAGGAACUUACGUAGAUACUGGCUGGGGUUAUCUCCCAGAAAAUAUUAUGGAGAUUACAAGAUAGUGGAUGAGACAAUUUUCUCCUCUGACUGGUUUGUACAAAAUACAAAGGACGUCGAUGACACCAUGUUUUGUGGAUAUAUAGACACAAUAUAUGUUUCCUAUACACUCUGCUCUGACUCAAAGAAUAUUAUAUGUGAGAAGCUGGCUAACCCAGUGAAGAUUGAGAACACACUAAUGAGUGAAAUACCAGAUGAAAAAUAUGAUUAGUGCAAGUAAUUUGCUAUUAUGCUGCCAUUUAAGCAACUGCACGGAGCAUACAUCUUGUGGCCCACACAAAUGGAGUACAGAUGCUAUGAGACUAAAUCUCUGCCUCUCUCCUAACCAUGUACAUUUGUAAACUUUCUUUCUCCUCAUUGGCUAUGGAACAGGAGCCUAAAGUCAUACCUUAUCAUCUAGAUACAGGCUCAAUUUAUGUUGAGCAUGAAUUCAGUGGGUUGGGUGAAUAUACAGAAAACUGAAGCUAACUUUUCCCGCUUUUCCAGAAAUACCAAGGCAAAUACCCACCUUAUAGAACAUCAGGGAAAAUGAAAACUAGGAAUUAAUUAUAUCGAAAGGAUAAUACAUCCCGAGCAACUGGAAUUUAUGCUGGUAAUACUGUGGUAGGGUCCCCUCCCUAAGGAGAGAGAAAAAAAGUAACCUGGCUAUGCGCCUACGUGACAAUAUCCCUCAUGACCUUGUAAACUGAGACUACUUAAUCGACUAUAUGUUUGUUUGUGUUGCCGUAUAUGGGAAACAGAGAAAUAGAAAAUGUAUAGAAAACUAUGCCACAUGACGUUCGGUGCUCAGUUCUUCGGUUAUGAACCAAACUGAGCAGUGCUGGCACGAAUAAAGUUGCUUCCUGGAAAUUCAAAA